CCGCCUGUGACUCACGCGCUAACGGCUCCCCGUUCAUUCCUAGUCGGUGUUCCGACGCAGCUUUCAUUUCAUUCGGUCCUGGACAAAAGCACUGUAACUAGAAACUACUUUAGGUCACACAUUUUCAGUAAGGGAACACGACAGGUAAUGUGAUUGUGGACGGUUUACUGUUAGCCACGUGUUUGAGUGACAGUGUAGGCGCGCGAGGGAGGCUAUCCUUUCCGGCUGUAUCUGAUGGACUGUAGCGAGACUGAUUCAGCCCAACUCCCAACAUGUUCGUUUGGAAAGUUAGAAAGUCAUGGAGUGUAUCGGGCGCGGGUGGCAUGCCGAUCCCAGUGCCACGCGGAGGUUUAGCCCGCCGUCCAGUAGCCUCCAGCCGGUCCCGGCCAAGAUGAACGAGCUCAACACACCGACCGGGACCGGUCAACAGGACAGCGCGGUGCCAAGACUCCGUCCGCAUGAGAACCGCAGCAUGGCGGAGAUCAUAGCGGACCACCCGGCAGAGCUGGUGCGGACUGACAGCCCCAACUUUCUUUGCUCGGUGUUACCCUCUCAUUGGCGCUGCAACAAAACGCUGCCCGUUGCAUUCAAGGUGGUGGCGUUGGGAGAGGUGCCUGACGGGACGGUUGUCACGGUGAUGGCAGGGAAUGAUGAGAACUACUCGGCAGAGUUAAGGAACGCAUCAGGGGUGAUGAAGAACCAAGUGGCUCGCUUCAACGACCUACGCUUUGUAGGCCGCAGUGGUCGGGGAAAGAGCUUCACUUUGACCAUCACCGUGUUCACCAACCUUCCCCAAGUGGCCACCUACCACAGAGCCAUUAAGGUCACAGUGGAUGGACCACGCGAGCCCCGGAGACACCGUCAGAAGCUAGAGGAUCCACCUAAACCGGGACUGUUCUCUGACCGCCUCAGUGAGCUGGAGCGAAUCAGGCAGACCACCAUGAGGGUUGCCGUGCCGACGCAGCCCCAACGACAGCCGCUCAACGCUGGACCAAACUCUUUCAACCCCCAGGGACAGACACAGAUACCUGACCCUCGUCAGUCGCAGUCUUCUCCUCCCUGGUCAUAUGAGCAGUCGUACCAGUCCUACCUGAGUCCCAUGUCCUCUCCUUCGAUCCACUCCACCACCCCACUGUCCUCCAGCCGAGCCACCGGACUGCCCAACAUCACCGACGUUCCCCGACGCCUGCCGGGUUCGUCAGAUCUCAGCCCGUUCCCUGGUCAGUUUGAGCGUCAGUUCCCGGGCCUCUCCUCUCUGACCGAGUCUCGUUUCUCAAGUCCCAGAAUGCACUACCCAACCACCUUCACCUACACCCCUCCCGUCACCUCUGCCAUGACGCUAGGCUCCGCCCACUACCACACCUACCUGCCUCCUCCGUACCCUGGUUCCACCCAGAGUCAGAGUGGGCCGUUCCAGACAAGCAGCACCCCCUAUCUCUACUACGGAGCCUCUUCGGGGUCAUACCAGUUCUCCAUGGUCCCCGGGGGGGACCGCUCCCCCUCCCGGAUGGUUCCUCCCUGCACCUCCGCCUCCACCGGGAGCUCCCUGGUCAACCCCAACCUGCCCAGCCAGGGAGGUGCCGAGGGAGGCGUGGAGGGGGAUGGGAGCCAUAGUAACUCCCCUACCAUACUCAACCCUGCCGGGGGGCGAAUGGACGAAGCGGUCUGGAGACCCUACUGAGGAGGAGGUGGAGGAGGAGGCAAAGGGAGAGCAAAUGUAGAAGAGGAGAAGGGAGAAUGGAAACAUUUGAUGUCAUGGUUUUAAAGCACAAAACCUUAAAAGGGAGUUUUUGAGUUCAGAUAAGUAAGCAUCGGUCUCUUCGUUUUCCUGGAAUUAAAGCUGAGACACUAAGAUACUAAGACGCUGAGACAUUCAGAUGCUAAGAUACUGAGACAUUCAGAUGCUGAGGCAAUAAGACGCUGAGACAUUAAGACCCAGAGACAAUAAGACCCUGAGACAAUAAGACCCAGAGACAAUAAGACCCUGAGACAAUAAGACCCUGAGACAAUAAGACCCUGAGACAAUAAGACCCAGAGACAAUAAGACCCCGAGACAAUAAGACCCAGAGACAUUAAGACCUUGAGACAAUAAGACCCAGAGACAAUAAGACCUUGAGACAAUAAGACCCAGAGACAAUAAGACCCAGAGACAAUAAGACCUUGAGACAAUAAGACCCAGAGACAAUAAGACCCAGAGACAAUAAGACCCAGAGACAUUAAGACCUUGAGACAAUAAGACCCAGAGACAAUAAGACCUUGAGACAAUAAGACCCAGAGACAAUAAGACCCAGAGACAAUAAGACCCAGAGACAAUAAGACCCCGAGACAUUAAGACCCCGAGACAAUAAGACCCAGAGACAUUAAGACCCAGAGACAAUAAGACCCAGAGACAUUAAGACCCCGAGACAAUAGGACGCUGAGACAAUAAGUCCCUGAGACAAUAAGACCCGCGAGACAAUAAGAUUAUGAGACAAUAAGACUAUGAGACAAUAGGACUCUGAGACAUUAAGGCUAUGAGACAAUAAGACUGAGACAAUAAGUGACUGAGACAAUAAGAUGGGAAAAAGAGAAAAAAGGCAGAAGUUGAGAAGUUAUUAGUUUAGAGUUGUCUUCAGGAAUGUGUUGUGAACGAUGAAUGGUCAAACAGACAGACUGACACUACAGAGGGACGUCUCUUCUCAGCAUCAAUUAUACAAACUGGGUGGUCCUUUAAAGGACUCAUUGGAUGGGGAUUUAUGAAGCACUAUAAUUGAGUACUAUUGGACUACGUGAGACCAUCCACAACCUACAGGACGGUACUACAAACUUUUUGUAACAGACAACUUGUUGUUUUUUGUACAGAAUGUCUAUUUCUAUAAGGCUUUUGGCUCGGCAUGUUUUUUGUACUACCACAAUAUAGCAAGACAAGCACUGAGUAGCAGAAGACAGGAACACGUCUGUCACCAUGGCGAUGAUGGCAACAAGUAUGUUACCACAGUGAGGACAGUGGCAAGACUGUCUCCAUAGUGACGGCAGUAACAAACACUUAAGUUACCAUGGUGAUGACAGAAACACGCUUGUUACCAUGGUGAUGACAUGUUGCAACUGGUGAUAAUAAAAUAUACACGUGUUACCAUGGGGAUGGUGAGAGGGACUGGCGUUGCCAUGUGGUGAUACGAACAGCAAGUUGGAUUUAAAAUGUCUAUAUGCUCAUUUUAGAUCAGUUAAUUUAAAAUGUAUUUUAUUGCUGAAAAUAGGAGGUGGGUUGAGGAGUUUUAACUUAUGAAGCCAUAAAUUAUGUAAUGUAUUUGAAAACUUGAGUUGUAGAAUUGUAAUCUGAAUAUUUUUUGAUGCAUAUGAAUAAGUUAACAAUCUUUUCAUAAGUAAUUUAUGUGAAAUGUUGUAAUUCUUUUAGUACCCAAAGAUAAAAAAAAAAACGUUUGAACUUACUGACACUCUUUACACUUAUAUAAUAAUUUACAGAAUAACAACGUGCUUUUAAUUCAGCAGCAAACGAACGCAGACUACUCUCUGACCAUAGACAACUUGUUUAAUCAGGAAAAACUUUUCACAAAGGGGACAUUUGUCAGGUUGACUCUUCAGUAACCUACUACAACUUAUGCAGAAGUAUAUUUGAUGACUUCCAGCAAAAUAACAUAAUGACCUUCUCACACAGGUAGACCAGGUGGGUUUGAAUAGUUAGUAUCUAAAAUCCACUUCAUGGUAGCUGGUCAAAGCUAAAUCUAGCUUUUGAUAAUACUACACUGUCCAAUGGGUGCACAGGGACACAAUGUCAUCUGGAUGCGCAUAAACUGCUGACCAAUCACUCUGCUCAUUGCUAGUAGACUGGGAUUCAAUCCAAUGGCCCAGCUUUGGUGAUGGACUUUAGGGACAGUGUAUCCAUGUUUUAGCGGAGACAGCUUUCACAAUGAACACUUUACAUGCAGGCUCAAUUCCUUGUAAUUGACUAGAGUUCUGUCUGUAUAGUAUAAAUGACUGCUAAUGGGAUUGAACCCUGCCCUAUUAUGGUUAUCUUUGGGGUGUUUUCAACAGCUGAAUGCUCUGAGUGUGUGAUGUUAUGGUCCUGAAUACAUCAAGGUGCCGACCAAAACGAACAUGACCUGACCUGACCGGAUGUGCUACAGAACAUGACCUGACCGGAUGUGCUACAGAACAUGACCUGACCUGACC